AAGGGCCCUGUGAUCGCCGUCGACCUGGACGACGUACUCAGUCAAACAAGUCAAUGUGUGGCCGACUGCGCUCUAGAUUCUCCAGGGCAUAACAAGGUUUUCAAAACCAAUAUGUCUUUGGAUUCAUUCUAUUACUCUAUGUGGUACAAGAAUCCGGGAUGGGGCACCGUACCUGAAACCCUCAAUAAAGUCAAACAAUUCUAUGCAGCAGAUGAAUUGCAGCAUGCGAAACCCGUCCCAGGGGCUCACAAUGGCCUUAAGACUCUCCGCGACAUGGGAUUCAGUUUGAUCGUCGUAUCAGCGAGGAUCAUGGCUAGUGAAGCUGAUAGUACAGUAAAAUGGCUGGAGAAGUACUUCGACGGGAUGUUUGAAUGUGUUGUGUUCUCCUCUCAGCCUGAAGAAACCACUGGAAACAAUGGUCGCUACAUCGGGACGACCUUGCAAAAGCUUCAGAUAUGCAUCCUAAUAGAUGCAAAGCUCCUCAUUGACGAUCUGAUGGAAACAGCCAUCACCUUCGGAAGGGAAGGGCGGAGACCGGUGCUUCUCUUCGGUAACUACGAAUGGAAUAAGCGAGUAAACACGGACGACGAGUGGGCAUUUCACGAAAGGCUUGACAUAGAAGGAGGUAGAGAGUGGUGGAAGGAGGAGGAUGUAGAGCUCACACCAAACGAUGCGAUUUGGCGGGUUCAUAAUUGGAUCGAGGUGAUUGAGUGGGUAAGAGCC